AUGAUUGCCAUGGGACUUUUUGGAAAAUUAACAUACCUAGCCGAGUCCUGGAAUCGCUUGGAUUGUUUCAUUGUCUUGGCAGGGACUGUAGAAUAUGCAGUAGAUACAGAAAACCUCAGCAUAUCGGCCAUACGAACAGUACGUGUCCUGCGUCCUUUAAGAGCGAUUAACCGGAUUCCAAGUAUGCGAAUUCUGGUAAUGUUACUACUUGACACACUGCCCAUGCUGGGAAAUGUACUCCUGCUCUGUUUUUUUGUAUUCUUCAUUUUUGGAAUUAUUGGUGUACAGUUAUGGGCUGGUGUAUUACGAAACCGUUGUUUCCUAAACCUCAGUGCAAAUAUUUCUGUUCCAUCAAAAAUGAAUGUGAGUCCUUAUUACAGGCCUCGUGUUGGAGAUUACAUUUGUAGUAAACCCGGAGAAUCAGGAAUGCGAAAAUGUUCCAAUUUACCUUUAUUCUCUUAUGAGGGAAUCAAAUGCAAUGCAAGUGCCAAGGCGAACAGCAACAAUAAUCCUGCAAAUAAUUCAUGUGUCAACUGGAAUCAGUAUUAUACAAGCUGUGAAGCAGGAGAUAAAAAUCCAUUUAGGGGGGCUAUAUCUUUUGAUAACAUUGGAUUGGCAUGGGUAGCUAUAUUUCAGGUUAUAAGUUUAGAGAGUUGGGUAAAUAUUAUGUACUAUGUACAGGAUGCACAUUCAUUUUGGGACUGGGUCUAUUUUGUGGCAUUAAUUGUGAUUGGUUCUUUUUUUAUGAUCAAUUUAUGUUUAGUUGUUAUAGCUACACAAUUUUCUGAGACCAAAAAACGAGAGACUGAAAGAAUGCUCCAAGAACGAAAGCGCUUUCAGUCCUCAAUGAGUCGAGCAUCAUCAUUCAACAGUGGAAUAGUUGGAGGAAGAGGAGGAAGCAGUCGUAACAUUCCUUGGUUGCCUGAUGUCCUAGCAGCACACAGUGGCAAGAAUUUGGCCUUGUCAACAUCAAAUGCAUUAAACACUGAUCAUGAUGUUAAUAAAUUGCAACCAACAACUGAUCGGGGUUUACUUGCAGAAAGUCUCCUUGUUGAUAUCCUUGGAGAAAAGCGUCUAUCUGCCCCUCAAUUGACAUGCACGCUAAGCGAAUGUGACCUGCAUCCUAGUCAUUUUUCUCAUUCAGAACAGGAUAUGUCAGAGAGUGGUGACAGUGAUAUUGAAGGUGAAUGGCGAGAUGAUAUUACAGAACAUGGUAAAUGGAGGAAAAUCAUGGAACAUCAAUUUGUGAAUAAAACCCAAGAGCACAUUAAAAAGAUGGUAGAGAAUAAAUAUUUCCAAAGAGGAAUUUUAUUUGCUAUCUUAAUCAACACACUUAGUAUGGGGAUUGAAUAUCAUAAUCAGCCUGAAGAAUUGACACAAGCACUGGAAUAUAGCAACAUUGUGUUUAGUACUCUUUUUGCAAUUGAAAUGCUGCUCAAGGUAGUGGCAUAUGGCCCAUUUGGAUACAUCAGUGACGGUUUCAAUCUCUUUGAUGGUUUUAUUGUAGUGCUCAGUAUAAUUGAACUGGCGCAGGAUGGUGCAAGUGGGUUGUCUGUUUUGCGUACCUUCCGUUUAUUACGAAUAUUAAAGCUAGUUCGAUUUCUGCCUGCACUACGAAGACAGCUGGUUGUGAUGCUAAAAACUAUGGACAACGUUGCAACUUUUUUUGCACUUCUUAUUUUAUUUAUGUUCAUAUUCAGCAUCCUUGGAAUGAACUUAUUUGGGUGUAAAUUUUGUGGCCAGCAAAGGAUAGUAACUCCCCAGACAUAUUCUUAUGUUCAUCGCAACUGUAGUCGAAAGAAUUUUGAUUCAUUACUGUGGAGAAUGAUCCUUUCCUCAUCUACUGUUCCUCUCUCAGCAACUGUUGUCUUCCACCGGCUCCUUGAAAUCUACAGUUAUCUAUGCCUCCAAUAUUCUAUCAUAGCUAAUUUUGAUUCCCUUCUGUGGGCAUUUAUCACAACUUUUCAGGUCCUCACCCAAGAAGAUUGGAACACUGUCCUUUACAAUGGCAUGGACAAGACAUCCGCUUGGGCUUCACUUUAUUUCAUAGCCUUAAUGACCUUUGGAAAUUAUGUGCUUUUUAAUCUUCUAGUAGCCAUCUUAGUUGAAGGAUUUUCUACAGAGGAAGAUGAAAAACGGAAAGAAAAAGAUAAAGAGAAGAAAGAAAAGAUGGCAGAAAAUAAUAAUAAUAAUAAUGAUGAUAUAAAAGGCUCUCUUCAACUGAAUGAAAGUGAAAUGCAAGAGAAAAAUAAUAAGGAAAAAGAAAAGAAAAUGUUAUCUGUCCCUGCUGCUGGGACUUCUUUAACUACCAGUGUACAUUUGUGUAUGUCAAGGGAACUGCAAGGAAUUCCUCUUUCUGAAGGGCCUGGUAAUCCUCCAAUCAUAACCCAUACUGCUGCAACACCUAUGGCCACCCCUCAGGGGUCCCCUAAUGAGAUGCUAACCAAAGACACCAAUAACAAGCUAUCAGUAAGCAGACCUGUUCUUCAGCGUCAGUCAACAGUUCAUCGAAGUACAUUAUCUGUUGAAUCUUCUGACAGAUCUGUUGGAUCGAUGACAAUUCGUGGGUCUCCACGACCAUCACCCAGAUUGCGUCGCACAAGUAGCCGUGGGAGCACCCGUAGCAGUUGGCGCUUAAAACAUCGUAAAAAAGAAGGAGAUAAAACUAAUCUGAUGGUAGAUAGUCCAUCAGACAGCACUGAUGAUCUUGAUGAUGAUGUCUUUAGCAAUAAGUCCAUCUCUCCUGUUUACACACCAGGAACUCCUAAGUCAACUACCAAUCACAGUGAAUGCAAUGGUCAACCACCACUAAACAAUCAAAGAACGUUUAGUCCACAGAAUUCUAUCAAGAGUCAACAUACAUUUAGUCCUCAAAACUCCAUCAAGAGUCAUCAUUCUUUUACAUCUAAGAACUCUAUUAAGAGGAAUCACAGCUGGAGCCGAAACAAUUCCAUCAGUAGUACAUACAGUAUCCGUAAGUCAUUCAGCCUACAUCGUGAAAAUUCCAUCAACAGUCAUCGUACACACAACUCCACUUCAAGCAGUACAUUUAAAGAAGAAUAUAAAUUGAAUAACCUCAGCUCUGAACUGCCUGAUGUCAAAUCAUCUGUUGAUAAAUGCUUUGAAGUGCUGGAAGAUGACCCGGAUGCAAUGGAUGAAACAAAUUGUGUCUGCUCAUGGUGUCCUGAACCAAAAGGCUGUUUCAAGGAAAGAGAAGAAUAUGCUCUCUAUAUCCUUUCACCUUCAAAUAGGUUAAGAAGAUUAUGCCAUCAUAUGAUUUCAAGACGUUGGUUUGAUUACUCUGUCUUGUUCUUCAUUGCUUUAAACUGUAUUACAUUAGCUAUGGAAAGACCAAGUAUAGCACCUAACAGUGCAGAGCGGUUGUUUCUUACUUAUUCUAAUUAUGGCUUUACUGUGAUAUUUUCUAUGGAGAUGACAUUAAAAGUUUUGGCAAAAGGGUUGAUAAUUGGAAGGCAUGCUUACCUCAAGAGUGGCUGGAAUGUUAUGGAUGGCUUCCUUGUGGUCAUUUCUCUCAUAGACAUUACCAUAUCUGGCACUGCUGAAAGCAGUCCGCGAAUAUUCGGAAUUUUGCGAGUCUUUAGGUUACUUCGUACCUUACGACCAUUACGGGUGAUCAGUCGAGCUCCAGGAUUAAAACUGGUUGUGCAGACAUUGUUAUCAUCAUUGAGACCAAUUGGCAAUAUCGUACUUAUAUGCUGUACAUUUUUUAUUAUAUUUGGGAUUUUAGGUGUUCAGCUAUUCAAAGGAACAUUUCAUUACUGCUAUGGUCCACAUAUCCAAAAUGUUACCAACAGAACAGAUUGCAUGAAAGAUCCAAGAAACCGUUGGCGAAAUCAAAAAUAUAAUUUUGAUAGCCUCGGUCAGGCUCUGAUGGCGCUUUUUGUUCUUGCAUCUAAAGAUGGUUGGGUUAGCAUUAUGUAUACUGGUUUGGAUGCAGUAGGAGUCGAUAUGCAGCCAAAGGAAAAUUACAAUGAGUGGCGUCUGUUAUAUUUCAUCUCUUUCUUACUUCUUGUUGGCUUCUUUGUGUUAAACAUGUUUGUUGGUGUUGUUGUUGAAAAUUUCCACAAGUGCCGAGAGAGUCAAGAGCAGGAAGAACGGGCACGACGAGAUGCAAAACGAAAACAAAAAAUGGAGAAAAAGAAGAAAAAAUUAAGAGAACCACCAUAUUGGUCGUCCUAUUCAAGACCUCGCUUGUUAAUACAUACAGUCAUCAACAGUAAAUAUUUUGACCUAGCAAUUGCUGGUGUCAUUGGAUUAAAUGUUAUCACUAUGGCCACAGAAUAUUACCUCAUGCCUAAUGGGCUGGAAUUUGCUUUGAAAAUCUUCAAUUAUUUCUUCACAAGUGUUUUUAUUUUGGAAGCUAGCAUGAAAAUUGUGGCCCUUGGUUUGUAUCGAUAUAUGCGAGAACGAUGGAACCAACUGGAUAUAGCCAUUGUCAUCCUCUCAGUGGUUGGAAUUGUUCUUGAAGAAAUGGAAAGUAAUGUAAUACCUAUGAAUCCAACGAUAAUACGAGUCAUGAGGGUGCUUCGUAUUGCUAGAGCACCUCCUCUAAUUUCUCUUCCUUCUUUUCUUUCCUUGCCUUCCUUUCUUUUCCUUCUUUACCUUUUUUUCCCUUCUUUCCUUUCUUUUCCUUCUUUCCCUUCUUGCCUUCCUUUCUUUUCCUUCUUUCCCUUUUUUCCCUUCUUUCCUUCCUUUUCCUUCUUUCCUUUCUUUUCCUUCUUUCCCUUCUUUCCUUUCUUGCCUUCCUUUCUUUCCUUUCUUUUCCUUCUUUCCUUUCUUUUCCUUCUUUCCCUUCUUUCCUUUCUUGCCUUUCUUUUUUUCCCUUCUUUCCUUUCUUUUCCUUCUUUCCCUUCUUUCCUUUCUUGCCUUCCUUUCUUUUCCUUCUUUCCCUUUUUUUCCCUUUCCUUUCUUUUCCUUCUUUCCUUUCUUUUCCUUCUUUCCUUCCUUUUCCUUCUUUCCCUUCUUGCCUUUCUUUUUUCCCUUCUUUCCUUUUUUUCCCUUCUUUUCCUUCUUUCCCUUCUUUCCUUUCUUGCCUUCCUUUCUUUUCCUUCUUUUCCUUCUUUCCUUUCUUUUCCUUCUUUCCCUUCUUUCCUUUCUUGCCUUCCUUUCUUUUCCUUCUUUUCCUUCUUUCCUUUCUUUUCCUUCUUUCCUUUCUUGCCUUUCUUUUUCUAA